CUGGCACAGGAAACGCCCCAGCUACGUGGUUCCCACCAGCCUGUCCCACGGGAUCAAGUUGGUCAACCCGAUGUUCCGAGGCUAUGCCCAGCAGAACUCCCAUGAAGUGGGCCCCGUCAUCACCUUCACGUUAUAGGUAAGGAGCUGAGGCUCAGAGAGGCUCUACAAGUGGCUCAGGUCACACAGUGCCCAGCGGCAGGGACGGGAUUUAGGCUUACCGGAGCCGUCCCUCGCCGCAGUGCUGCCCUCCCUGUACAAGGACCCUCGCUGGCCCUCAGGCUCUCGGUGAGGACACCGGGGAGCAGGGCUACUCGGCUGCUGCCAAACAUCCGCUCGACUCCACAGCAUCCCUCUCUGUGGGUCUUGGGUGUAGCACAGGGGACGCUUCUGAGUCUGAAGCAUACAGGUAGCUGUGGGCCUCUCUUAAUGGCCAGAAGGUGCUGCCAUGCUUCCACAUGGCUUGAGAUUUUAGCAAUGAACACAGGGUACUUUUGUUAAAAGGAAGAAGCAGAAAGAAAAGUAGUUGAUGUAUUGAGGGCCUGUUUCUUAAAAGAACCUUUCAGUGUCCCUGACACACAGGGCACACGUUUCCUACCCCCUCCCUAAUGCUCGAUGUAAUCCAACCAGAGCCCUCUCCUCCCUCUGCUAGAACUGAGAAAACGAGGCCCUUCUCUCCAUAUCGGUGACCUGGGGCUUUGGGUGCUUGGCUGGGUCUGGCCACCGUGUGAUCCCCGCCUCGUUGGGCAGGAGUUGGGCUCGGGAGCUGCUUCUGACAUCCAGGGCGGCGACUGUGAGGGACAGGACUGGACUUUGAACCCAGUGGCCCCGCACAGCACCAAGCGUCCCCGGCUGUCAGAGGCUGGCCACCAUCUUCUGACCUUUUAAGGCGCCUCCUGUGUGCGCUGCUCAUGGCUGGGCCAGUGGGCAGGCUGUGCCAGAGGCCUCGCUGCCCUGGCCUCCUCUGGGUUAUGACGUAGUCACAGCAUAGUCAGAAUAACAGCGUCACUGCUGGGAUUUGAGACCCGGCCAACCUGAGGAGGCACCUUAGUCCGAGUCAUGCCCAGGCCUGCGGGAAGCCUGUUCUCCUGCACCAGUCACAAAGGCAGGGGAAGGCGUGGGCACGGGGGCUGGCGAAGGACCGGAAGGGCAGAGAGAGCCAGAGGCAGGUCCAGGAUGCAGGCAGCCUGGCCCGCCGGGUGGCACUGCUCCCUGUGGAACUCAGCUGAGCGCUCACCUGCAGACUCACUCACAGUGUCCCCUUUGUCCCACUCGGGCUCCCCGCCCACCCUCACCGUCCCCUCCCUUAGGGAGCAAGGCGACUUUAAUGGCUGAACGCGAUACGUCCACUCUCCCCCAUGCUGAGUUGAAAGCAGGGCCGCGGGUGAUGGAGAGCAGGAGCUGGGAGUCAGGUGGACCUGGGCCUCCAUCUCUGCUCUGCCACUUCACAGCGCGGGACCUGGGAGGGGUCGGCCAGCCUCUCGAGCCUCAACGUCCUCCUCAGUAGGAGGGGGAUUAGGACAGCAGUGUUGAGGAGGCCACUGUGAGGGGUGCCCGUGUGGGCCCCCCGGCAUCCGUGUCGAUGCCACCCCUGGUUCCAGGACACCCAGGAGUUCCUGCGCUGCCUGAUGGACCAGCUGCACGAGGAGCUCAAGGAGCCCGUGGUGGCCGCGGCGGCAGCGCUGACCGAGGCUCGGGACUCGGACUCGAGCGACACGGAUGAGAAGCGGGAGGGCGACCGGAGCCCAUCAGAGGACGAGUUCCUGUCCUGUGACUCCAGCAGCGACCGCGGUGAGGGCGACGGGCAGGUGCGCGGCGGGGGCGGCUCCCAGGCUGAGACGGAGCUGCUGAUCGCGGACGAGGCGGGCCGCGCCAUCUCCGAGAAGGAGCGCAUGAAGGACCGCAAGUUCUCGUGGGGCCAGCAGCGCACCAACUCGGAGCGGGUGGACGAGGACGCCGAUGUGGACACCGCCAUGGCCGCCCUGAACCAGCAGCCCACGGACGCGCAGCCGCCGUCACCGCGGUCCACCAGCCCCUGCCGGACACCAGAGCCGGACAACGAGGCCCACAUGCGCAGCGCCUCUCGCCCCUGCAGCCCUGUCCACCACCACGAGGGCCACGCCAAGCUGGCCGGCAGCCCUCCUCGUGCGAGCCCCGUGAGGAUGGGGCCGUCCUACGUGCUCAAGAAAGCCCAGGUACCGAGCGCCGGCAGCCGGCGGCGGAAGGAGCAGCGCUACCGCAGCGUCAUCUCAGACAUCUUCGACGGCUCCAUCCUCAGCCUCGUGCAGUGUCUCACCUGUGACCGGGUGUCCACCACGGUGGAGACAUUCCAGGACCUGUCGCUGCCCAUUCCUGGCAAGGAAGACCUGGCCAAGCUCCACUCGGCCAUCUACCAGAACGUGCCGGCCAAGCCGGGUGCCUGUGGGGACAGCUCCGCUGCCCAGGGCUGGCUGGCCUUUAUCGUGGAGUAUAUCCGACGGUUUGUGGUAUCCUGUACCCCCAGCUGGUUUUGGGGGCCGGUCGUCACCCUGGAAGACUGCCUCGCUGCCUUCUUCGCCGCUGAUGAGCUGAAGGGUGACAACAUGUAUAGCUGUGAACGGUGUAAAAAGCUGCGCAACGGCGUGAAGUACUGUAAGGUCCUGCGGUUGCCAGAGAUCCUGUGCAUUCACCUGAAGCGCUUUCGACACGAGGUGAUGUACUCAUUCAAAAUCAGCAGCCACGUCUCCUUCCCCCUGGAGGGACUUGACCUGCGCCCCUUCCUCGCCAAGGAGUGCACGUCCCAGAUCACCACCUACGACCUCCUCUCGGUCAUCUGCCACCACGGCACGGCAGGCAGCGGCCACUACAUCGCCUACUGCCAGAACGUGAUCAACGGGCAGUGGUAUGAGUUCGACGACCAGUACGUCACCGAGGUUCACGAGACAGUGGUGCAGAACGCCGAGGCCUACGUGCUCUUCUACAGGAAGAGCAGCGAGGAGGCCGUGCGGGAGCGGCAGCAGGUGGUGUCCCUGGCCGCCAUGCGGGAGCCCAGCCUGCUGCGGUUCUACGUGUCCCGGGAAUGGCUCAACAAGUUCAACACCUUCGCCGAGCCGGGGCCCAUCACCAACCAUACCUUCCUCUGCUCCCACGGAGGCAUCCCGCCCAACAGAUACCACUACAUCGACGACCUGGUAGUGAUCCUGCCCCAGAACGUCUGGGAGCACCUCUACAACAGGUUUGGGGGCGGCCCUGCCGUGAACCAUCUGUACGUGUGCUCCAUCUGCCAGGUGGAGAUCGAGGCGCUGGCCAAGCGCAGGCGGAUUGAGAUCGACACCUUCAUCAAGCUGAACAAGGCGUUCCAGGCUGAGGAGUCGCCCAGCGUCAUCUACUGCAUCAGCAUGCAGUGGUUCCGGGAGUGGGAGGCCUUCGUCAAGGGCAAGGGCAACGAGCCCCCCGGGCCCAUUGACAACAGCACGAUCGCUCAAGUCAAAGGAAGCGGCCACAUCCAGCUGAAGCAGGGAGCUGACUACGGGCAGAUCUCAGAGGAGACCUGGGUGUACCUGAAUAACCUGUAUGGCGGCGGCCCCGAGAUCGCCCUCCGCCAGAGUGUGGCCCAGCUUCAGGACCCGGAGAGCUUGCACGGGGAGCAGAAAAUCGAAGCCGAGACCCGGGCCGUGUGACUCAGUGGGCCCGUCUGCCCCCGCCUUUGCCCUCCUCCCUGCGGAGGGGGCGUCUGCACCCGGAAGAGAGGCCGGCCGCUCUGGAAACCCAGAUGUGUAAAGAGGCAGAAAAGUCGUUUUGGUUCACAGUGAGUAAUGCUGCAACUAGGAAAUAUAUCCACUUCAGGCUUGUUAAACGACCGAGGCUCUGCGACGUUAACUCGGGUCUUUGUCUCGGCAGUGCCCUCGUGUCACUGCCGUCGUUGUGUCCCCAAACCUGCCCUCUCGCUGGCUCGGGCCCAGCUUUUGUCCCUGGACCCUCAGUCAGGGGCCGUGGCCUCGGGACAGAGGGUCGGGCAGCGGCUGCCGCUCCCCAGGCGUUUCCCACCGGCGCCUGGUCCAGCAGCUGAGUCACGGGUCGACGGUCAGAGCCGCGAGCGCGGUGGUGAGGGUGCCGCCGCUGGUCCCCGGGCCAGGUCCCCCCGAGGCCCCGCUUCGCACCCACGCCUCCCGGUCGUCUCGGAAGUCUCCUGAGUCCUGGGCGGCUCUUGAUGUGUUUCCUGCAGACUAAUGGCUCCGGACACGUUUGCGAUUGGGACCCGAGGGCGGGGUUGGCUUUCUGUCACUGGGGCUCAUUUCUGGAGGCAGCCGGUCCCCUCGCGCCCUGUGUGGCCGGGCUGGCCCUGUGGGUUGGCUGUCCUUUGCCCCUGCCGGGACCCAGGUGAUGAGACAGAAAUACCUCGCGCUGCUAUGUUUGCCGCUGAUGCAGCUUCCCCGGGGGGCUGACAUUUCUCCCCGACGCCGAGCCGCACAGGGCCCCUGGGCCGGCUCGUACGCGUGGCUCCCGGGGGUGCGUCUGCUGGAUGCUGAGCGAGGCAGGCCACUGCGGGGGCGCUGGGACUCCAAGCACAGCGAAGUGUCACUGAAGCCCCUGGACGAAGCAGCCGUGGCCAGUGCUCACCUCGUCAGGGCCAAAGCGAAUGGGGGGUGGGACGGGCGUCCCGGGACCAAACCCCCCGAUACCGUGGCCUUCAGCUUCCAUAGAAGCAGAUGUCAGUGGAACUUCCAGCAGGCGGUUGGUUCUGGCGGAGCCCCUGAAGCUCUCACGUGUCACUCACUUCUGUGAUCUCGUUUCACCCGGAUCUGUUUCCUUCUCCACCGAGGCAGCAUAAGAUCAAAGAACAAGCCACUGUUGGAAUUUCUGGACAUUUGCCACAGUCCUUUGGAAGUUGCUGCCGCCGCCAGCGGCGACCCCCCCUGCAGAGCCCGGCGGUUGCAUGUUGCACUGUUUGUGACGUAGACUCCGCUGUGCAGGUUGUAAUCUCGCCCCACGUCUGCGCCGUCUAGUUUGUACUCAGAAUGUCAUAAUAAAUAUGUAACGUUC